GGCAAUUUCUUUGCCUGUAGGCGUCUUCGUGGUCACUGCCCACUCUACUCUUCCUUCUCGCAGGCCAAAUUCAUGUCUUCCCUCGCUCUUUUCCACGGCCCAUUCUCCUACCACCGCGCUCCUCCCUCGUCACCGACCGGCACCUCUCCACGGCCGACGCGACUCGCGGCGCAUUCUUCUCCUUCCCACCCCAAUUCGCGCCCCCUCCCUGACGCGCAAGCCGAUGAGCUCCGCUCCCACGCAGCGGCGCUGCAGGACUGCGCCGUCCGCCGAGCGCUCCGCUGCGGACAGGAGCUCCACGCGCGGCUGCUCCGCUCCGCGAGGCAGCCGGACACGUUUCUCCUCGACUCGCUCCUGAACAUGUACUGCAAGUGCGGCCGCCUGGCGGACGCACGAAGGGUGUUCGACGGAAUGCCACACAGGGACGUCGUCGCCUGGACCGCCCUCUUAUCCGCCUACACCGCCGCGGGAGAUGCCGAGGAGGCUCUGGACCUCUUUUAUCAGAUGAACCAAGAAGGCCUUGUGCCUAACGGGUUCACGCUCGCUUCGGUGCUCAAGGCCUGCUCGGUGAUGAGCUCACACUCCGAGUUUACGCGUCAGGUGCAUGGUCAGGUGGUUAAGUUGCAAGGUCUGGAUGACCCCUACGUUGGUUCGUCCCUUGUUCAAGCUUACACGAGCCGUGGGGAAGUGGACGCUGCUGAGACAGUGCUGCUGGGCUUGCCUGAACGAAGCGACGUGUCAUGGAAUGCUCUGCUCACUGAGUAUGCUCGGCAGGGCGACUACAGAAAGGCCAUGCGUGUUUUCCAUAAGUUGUCGGAAUUUGGUGAUGAGAUAAGAAAGUAUACUUUGCCUACUCUUCUGAAGUGUUGUGUGGAACUCGGUCUUGCAAAAUCUGGCCAGGCUCUUCAUGCUUUGGUGGUCAAGAGAGGGCUGGAAACCGAUAACGUGCUCAACAAUUGCCUUGUUGAGAUGUACUCGAGAUGUCUAUCUGCUGAAGAGGCCUAUCAAGUCUUUAUCAGGAUAGAUGAACCUGAUGUGGUGCAUUGCAGUGCCAUGAUCUCUUCUUUCGGUCGACAUGGUAUGGCCUGGGAAGCAUUUGAUCUUUUCGUAAAGAUGUCAGACAUGGGAGUCAACCCAAACCAAUAUACAUUCGUGGGCAUUGCUGGUGUUGCAUCAAAGACUGGUGAUGCAAACCUUUGUCGCUGUGUUCAUGCGUAUGUUGUGAAAAGUGGGCUGGCUGUGCCAAAAUUAGUGGCUGAUGCCAUUCUAAAUAUGUAUGUGAAAGUUGGUGCUGCUCAAGAUGCAACACUUGCUUUUCAUCUUAUGCAUGAGCCUGACACAUUUUCAUGGAACACAUUUCUCUCCGGAUUUUAUAGUGGAAGCAACUGUGAGCAGGGUUUGAGGAUUUUCAAGCAGAUGAAGUGCGAAGGCUUUUCAGCCAACAAAUAUACUUAUGUAGGUGUUUUGAGAUGCUGCACUAGCUUGAUGAACCUGAUGUAUGGCACUCAGGUUCAUGCAUGUGUUCUGAAAAGUGGGUUGCAAAGCGAUAAUGAUGUUUCAAGAAUGCUACUUGACAUGUAUGCGCAAUCUGGCUGCUUUACAAGUGCGUGCCUGGUAUUUGAUCGACUGGAAGAAAGAGAUGCUUUCUCGUGGACAGUGAUUAUGUCAGGAUAUGCUAAAACGGAUGAAGCUGAGAAGGUGAUGGAAUGUUUCCGUUCAAUGUUGCAAGAAAACAAAAGGCCUAAUGAUGCCACACUAGCAGUUUCAUUGAGUGUUUCCUCUGAUAUGGCAUCCUUAGGCAGUGGGCUCCAACUUCAUUCAUGGGCCAUCAAGUCUGGCUGGAACAGCUCAGUUGUUUCUGGUGCUCUAGUGGACAUGUAUGUGAAGUGCGGGAACAUAACGGAUGCUGAGAUGCUAUUCUAUGAGUCAGAAACAUGUGAUCAAGUUGCAUGGAACACACUCAUCUGUGGUUAUUCUCAACAUGGUCAUGGGUACAAGGCACUGGACACGUUCAGACGGAUGGUAGAUGAUGGGAAAAGGCCUGAUGAUAUCACAUUUGUAGGUGUUCUCUCAGCGUGUAGCCAUGCAGGAUUACUUGACGAGGGAAGGAAGUACUUUCAAUUGCUGAGUAGUGUCUAUGGAAUUACCCCCACGAUGGAGCACUAUGCUUGCAUGAUUGAUAUUCUGUCCAAGGCUGGAAGACUAGCUGAGGCUGAAUCUCUUAUCUAUCAGAUGCCAUUGAUCCCAGAUUCAUCCAUAUGGAGGACGAUUUUGGGAGCUUGCAGGAUACAUGGAAAUAUAGAGAUUGCCGAGAGAGCAGCAGAAAGAUUGUUUGAGUUAGAUCCACAGGAUGUUUCUUCUUCUGUAUUGUUAUCAAACAUUUAUGCAGAUUUAGGAAGGUGGAGUGAUGUUACAAGACUUAGGAAUAUGCUACUAGAUCAUGGAGUAAAAAAAGAACCAGGGUGUAGCUGGAUUGAAGUCAAUGGCCAGAUUCAUGUAUUCCUGUCGCAAGAUGGAUGUCCAAAAUAUUAAGAAUGUGUUACAACGUGCAUUCUGUUCCUGCAAUCCGAAAUGCCACCAUGGGCCGUGCCCAUACAUAAACUAUGAGACCAGGAGCUGGUUUGAAGUAGAUAUGGCUAGUUCUGCAGGCUGAUACAAAGUGCUAAGGGCACAGGCUGCAACCAUGGGGCGAGGUCGUGGGAUCAUGGAACGGAGAGAUCCUGAGCCUCCCUUGGGCGUCCACGCGCGCGGGGUUGGUGUUGAUCUCAGAGAAGCAGCCGAGGACGCCGUGGUGCUCCAGGACGGUCUCGAUGAAGAAGGAGUUGGCGUCGCUCACCACCUUCAAAUCACACCUGGGACGCACACCUACCACCGUCAAGAUCCAAUCCAACCACCGGCCGCGUGGGAAAUCAAGAACACAUCGGCAAAUCGGCAUCGGUCCAUUUCAUACCCUAAUGCCGACGCCGUCCGGAUGGCGGAGAGGACGUGCGCGUCGAGCGGUGCGCUCCUGAGGCACUCGCGGAUGUCGUCGGCCGACCUCCCCUGCGCGUGGAGCUCCCCCAUCAUCCUGUCCUGGAAGACAUUAGGGCCUCACUCAGCCGGGAGAAGCGCCAUGCGUGUCUAGGCGGGUGUGUGGGCGUAUCGUGUUCGUACCAUGAGGGAGUUCCAGCGCAUGGUGGGGCGCAGGCGGUUGAAGGCGUCGGCGGCCCCGAGCUUGGUGAUGACCCAGUCGUCGCUGUCCCACUGGAUGAUGGUCUUGUCGAAGUCGAACAGCACCUCCACGGCGGCGGCGGCGGCGGCGGGAGCGGCCAUCUCCGGGAAGAGACGGCGGACGGUGCUUCCUACCUCCGACGUUUGCAAUACGAGACUCCGGCGUGGCUUCUGUUUGUUUGUUGGUGGCUGCGUCUCGGACUCUCGGCGUGUUUUUAUAGCAGCCACAGCCGUGUGGCAGCUGGUGACCUGGGAAGGCUUCCACACCGCCACUUGUGACCUCUUCUCUCUUGUGUUUGUGUUUCCAUUCGCUUUGUUCGCCCUUCGCCGUACCAUAACUGCUGUCUAUACUCGAUUGGCUGCCUUUGCCUUCGCCUUUGCAUGGUACUUUGUCAUCACGGUAAAGGUGGUCCAUCGAAAAGUUUAUUAGUAUUC